AUGGCGAACUCGGCAACCCUCUUCCCACCCCCACCACUGGACUCCGCAAAGGCGCCCAUAGAGAAUGUGUUAGACCUGACACCGGUGGUUGACGUGGGGAAGGAUGUAUUUACCAAUACACGACCUCUCUGGCAUCCGCCCGGAGCGCGGGGCAUCUACGGCGGUGCCGCAAUCGCCCAGUCUCUCGCCGCUGCGAUGCGGACCGUUCCCGCCGACUUUGCUGUGCAUAGCAUGCAUUGUUACUUCCUCCUCGCCGGUGACUCGGAAAUCCCUAUACUAUACCACGUGGAACGAGUGCGUGACGGAAGAAGCUUUAUCGCACGAACAGUUCAGGCCAAGCAACGCGGUCGACCAAUCUUCACCACAACCCUGAGUUUCAGCAAGGCCAACAGCGGUGGCAAGAAGAAGCUGGAACAUGCUUCAUCCAUGCCACCGGUCACUUUGCCGCAGGAUUCCGGAUCGGGCUCAAAUCAAAGAAUCGAAAAGUCGGGCGGUGGUCCGUUUGAGUCGCAAAAAGCGGGGGUUGUCGACAACAACUUACCUCCGCAGGAGAAGAGAACCAGACGAUUUAUGAGGUCACGAGGGAGAAUAUCCGACGCGGGUGGCCAUCAUGCCCAUCUUUCCGCCCUUGCAUAUAUGACCGACAGUUACUUCAUUGGCACCGUGUCCAGGGUUCACAACAUCCCACGAUUCUCUUCGCCCGCUGAACUUCAGAAGGUUCUGAAUGCGCUCAAAAAUCCAUCGGAUCUAGAUGACGAAGACAUUGCGCGUGCCCUUAAGGAGCUGAAGGAGGAAGAAGCCGCGGAUCUACGCCGUCGAUUGGAAGGCGCUCUACACAGAGCCACCAACCAACCGCCCCAGGAACGCAAGGAAGUUGGCAUGCUGGUCAGUCUUGAUCAUUCGAUCCACUUCCACAACCCUUGGGCGUUCCGGGCAGACGAAUGGAUGCUUACAGAGAUGGAGAGUCCCUGGGCUGGAGAGGGACGAGGCUUGGUGUUGCAAAAGAUCUGGUCCAAGGAUGGCAUCUUGAUCGCCACAUGCACCCAAGAGGGAGUCGUGCGACUCAAGCAAGAUGAGCCACCUCGGUCGAAGAUCUAA